CAUGAAUUCGUUGUAAACACUCACUUAUUUUUUCUGUAGUUUUAUAUUUUUAGUCAUUGCCUUCAACUUGUAGCUUUAUGUGAUGUCGUGCGCUGCUAUAAAUUGUACAAAUCGCCACUCACAAGGAUGUAGUGUAAAUUUCUUUCGUUUCCCUUUAGGUGAUAAGAGCAGGCUGCAGCAGUGGCUGGUGAACAUCCGGCGGGACAAGUGGAAGCCAACUCCUUCUUCUCGCCUAUGUUCUGUCCACUUUGAAGAUAACUGUUUCUUUACAACCCGUCUGGGCAAAGUGCGCCUUACUACAGCUGCUGUUCCCACCAUCUUUUCCUUCCCUAAACACUUACAGAAGAAGCCACCACACACCAGGCGAAGGCUUGAGAGGUGUGGGGAUGUUGUAUUGAGAAACGCUGAAGCUGUGGAGGAGAUUGUGAGGGUUAUUGUGGAUGAAAGCAAUGGGGCAUCAGAGAUUCAUCCCGGUGGACGAUGCAACAUUUCAUACAGCCAUUUACCCUGCCAUCCUUCUGUGCCAUCAGACACAGUUUGUCAUUCGUUGGAUCACACCUACUACAUGGCCGAAUCGCCAGAGAAGCUGCAGAACAGUUUAAACUUGGCCAAUGCCGAGCUUACAAACUACAGGAAACGGUUGAAACUGCAGAGCGCCAGGAUUAGAAGGUUGAAGAAGAAAGUGACUUCUCUGUCCUCCAUCCUUUCAGAGUUAAGACAAGAGAGAAGACUUUGAUUUGCUUUGAAUUGUAAUAAAAACUCUUUUUGAAAAAAGCGCUGUGGUUUCAGUGUGCUUUUGUUGUAGGUUUGUGAUGGGCUUGUCAAGCUCCAAAUGACACAGUAAAAGUAUUUAAGAAUGGGUCCAUUAAACUCGUGUGCUACUGUAUAUUCCAAGCCUUCUCAAGCAAUAUGAUUGAAAUUUAAGUCAAAACUGUUCUAAAUGAUUUGUUUAUAAUCUUUCCAUAAACAUAAAAUGAUCAAUUAAAAA